AUGCAUCAACAAGUUCUCCGCAGCAGCAUCGUCGCACGUUCAAAUCCGACCCUCACGGCAACAGCCAUAGACCCCAACCACACACUCCCAACAGACCUCAGUCCAGAAGUCGACGGCCAGGCACAGCACACUCUUUGGAAUCCCCGUCCUCAUCUUCAGGCGACCCCACUAACCCAUUUGUUCAAGGGAAGAUACCGCCAUCAUCAACACCUACAGUCCUCGGGCAGUGCUAGGUCCACCAGAACCAGGAACUUCAUUCACAGGUUCAUGGACAUAAGGGGGAAGCCCACUCACAAGGCAAUACAGUCCCGCCCUCUGCGAUACCCAAUUGCCCAGCCCGUCACAAACCACCCUCUUGAGCCAGCCGCCCCAAAUCCGCCACCUGACUUGGAACUUGAGCUUUCUUCGGCGCCCCAGUACACACCCUGGGGACGACUAGAUUGGAACCAACUCUCUGAUAAACAAAGGGUCCACACGGUCGAAAAGGCAGCAGCAGCCAGAAUCUACCUGGAGACCUACUUCGAGGAUGCUUUGAGUAGUCGUCCCACACCACGUGAACAGCGUAUCGCCGAGCACCAACGAAAUCUGGAUCAGGUGGUGCCCCUGAUAUCCAGUUUCCAGGAUCCAGUGAAUCUUUACCUCCUAAUGGACUACAUGCCGGGGGGAGACUUUCUUGGUCUUCUGAUUCGCGAAAACAUCUUGACCGAGUCCAGAACUCGAUUCUACAUCGCCGAGAUGAUACUUUGCGUCGAAGAGGCCCAUAGACUUGGAUGCAUCCACCGAGAUGUCAAACCAGACAACUUCCUCAUCGGCGCCGACGGUCACCUGAAAAUCUCGGAUUUCGGGCUGGCUUUUGACGACCAUUGGUCCCAUGACACCUCCUACUACAAGUGGCAGCGACAGUCAAUUCUGGCCCUGACAGGUGUUACGCUAGACGGUGAUGGCGAGGAUCAAAAAGCCGCCCGCGAUGGUGGACGGGCGAGGCGACGAUCAUCUCGGGAAGGGUCGCCCAAGCACUAUCCCCCGUCAGAAUUGCUCCGAACCAAGUUUGAUGGGCUUGAAUGUCCGUUCAAUGUCGUCGAAACAAACGCAGACGAGAUUGUAAAAGUCGACCAGCUGCUUGGUUGGCGAACAGCAGAGACACGCCGAUCCUUGGCCCGCUCCAUUGUUGGCACAAGCCAGUAUAUGGCUCCAGAGGUGGUCAUGGGAGAGAACUUGGUGUUUCCUAUCGACGGACCUCCAGUCUCGAGAGUAUGCCGGCAAUUGAUCAACGAUCUGCUUCAGGACAAAGACAGCCGUCUCUCAUCACCCGAGUAUCGCAACCAAGAUGCUCGACGAAGUUGGGAGAAGCUUCAGGGCUAUAAGAAAAUACCGAGUCAAUACGUUUUCAAUAACGACGCAUCCGAGAUCAAGGCCCACCCGUGGUUUCGGGGCGUUCCUUGGGAAGCAAUACGCUCCAGUCGGCCAGAGUGGAUACCACAUAUUCAAAGCUACGCCGACUCUCACUACUUUGAAGAAGAUGAGCCGAUCAGCGACUGGUCUGACUCAAUGGAUUCCGAGAUAGUGGAGGGGUCGGAGAACCUGGACGAUCUCCGUCUUAGGUUUCUACAGUACGACUUUGAAGACGAUGUGAGGUGUCUGGCCACUGAGUUCAUCUCCAAACCCUAUGAUUCAUCCAAGUUGAAACGAUUCGAUCGCGAUAUUGACGAUCAUGCCUUUCUGGAAGACGUUGAAAAGGCCUUUCUCAAAUGGUACGUCAGAAGAGUCGGACGAAGAGAAUGCAAGCGCCCAAGAGACAAGUUACUGCGGGACCGUUGGGUCAAGGAGGAUGUUCUUCAGAUGAGGAAGCGAACAGCUUUUCUAGGUUAUUCGUGGCGACGCAAAGACAUGGCCAGCCGCAGGCCUGUUGGAACAGUCUACCCUACAAAUUCUUGA